CUCUGAAGAAGCUUUACAAAUGGCCUCCAGACUCGUGAAAGGGUGUUAACGCCUCCAGGGAUGGAAAUGGAGCUCCGCUUUGGAAGAUGUUGGUCCCAGGGCACUGGGAUGGGUUGAGGCCAACCAUGCCCAGCCUGACGCUGCUUUUCACAGCAGCUCUGCUCUCCAGCUGGGCCCAGCUCCUGACUGACGCCAACUCCUGGUGGUCGCUAGCUCUGAACCCGGUGCAGAGACCCGAGAUGUUCAUCAUCGGCGCUCAGCCUGUGUGCAGCCAGCUUCCCGGGCUUUCCCCAGGCCAGAGAAAGCUGUGCCAGCUGUAUCAAGAGCACAUGUCCUACAUCGGGGAGGGAGCCAAGAUGGGCAUCCGGGAGUGCCAGCACCAGUUCCGGCAGAGGCGAUGGAACUGCAGCACAGUGGACAACACUUCCGUCUUCGGCAGAGUCAUGCAGAUAGGGAGCCGGGAGACUGCCUUCACCUAUGCAGUGAGCGCUGCGGGGGUGGUGAAUGCCAUCAGCCGAGCUUGCCGAGAGGGUGAGCUGUCCACCUGUGGCUGCAGUCGUGCUGCGAGGCCCAAGGACUUGCCGCGAGACUGGCUGUGGGGUGGCUGUGGGGACAACGUGGAGUACGGCUACCGCUUUGCCAAGGAGUUUGUGGAUGCCCGGGAGCGCGAGAAGAAUUUCGCCAAGGGCUCAGAGGAGCAGGGCCGAGCCCUCAUGAACCUACAGAACAACGAGGCCGGCCGCCGGGCUGUGUACAAGAUGGCCGACGUUGCCUGCAAGUGUCACGGAGUCUCGGGCUCCUGCAGCCUCAAGACCUGCUGGCUCCAGCUGGCCGAGUUCCGCAAGGUGGGGGACAGGCUGAAGGAGAAGUACGACAGCGCCGCGGCCAUGCGCAUCACCCGCCAGGGCAAGCUGGAGCUGGCCAACAGCCGCUUCAACCAGCCCACGCCGGAGGACCUGGUGUACGUGGACCCCAGCCCUGACUACUGCCUGCGUAACGAGGCCACGGGCUCCCUGGGGACGCAGGGGCGCCUCUGCAACAAGACCUCGGAGGGCACGGAUGGCUGUGAGCUCAUGUGCUGCGGCCGCGGCUACGACCGCUUCAAGAGCGUCCAGGUGGAGCGCUGCCACUGCAGGUUCCACUGGUGUUGCUUCGUCAGGUGCAAAAAAUGCACGGAGAUCGUGGACCAGCACGUCUGUAAAUGACGGCGCCCGUGCGCGCCUCCCGCCCGCUCCUGUCUGCCUCACAAAAGUCUAUAUUAUAUAAAUCUAUCUUAAAUAUAUUUUAUAUUUGUACAAAAAAGGAUGGAUGGAUGAUAAAUAAUCAAAGAGAAGAGAGCGGACAGGAGGAGGGUAAGAGACGCUGGCCCUCUGUGAGGACUGGGCUUUGCUGGUCGUCUGCAGCCAGUGGGAGAGAAACGGGCUUUUCCCUGCUUUUUACCUUCUGAACACCGGCCUGAGAGUGUCUAGGUGCCAUAGCCUCCAGGAGAGAGAGGUGGUGGUUAGGUUAGAGCAAGGAGAUGGGCCUGUUUCAAAUCUGCAGUCCUUUGGGGAAGAUGAGUGUCCGUGGCCCUGGCCAGGAGACCCAGGGUCUCUGUGGAAGAUGGAAAGAACCCCAUGGUGGCCCAGGUCUUCCCCAGAACGGCGAGAGCUUUAGUCAUCCUUGUUUCUUUUCUCAUCUGAGUGCACGAUCGCAAUAAAGCCUCCUUCCCCGCCACUGGGGAGAGGUCUCAGGUCCCUCUACCUGGUGAACGUGAGAUCUGUGCCUCCCUGGACGCUGGAUCUGCCUCCCGAUGAGACUUUCACCAGCUCCCGCCACAAGCCAAGGGAAAACGGCCAUGUCACUGCUACACCAAGGAAGACGUGGAGCAAACCUGGGUUUUGACUGGGGACCAAGUGCUUGUCGCUCUGCCUUCUUGCACGGACAGGAAACUGUUGCUGCUGCUGUCACUUCAUCUAUCAAGGGAGGCUUCGAACUACAGGGCAUGCUGGCAGGUCAGCUCAACUGCCUUGUCUGUUUGUCAUCUCUGCCCACAUGUACAGUGUCCCGCUGACAUUAAAUAUCUUUUACUGGG